AUGCUUAAACCCGAAGAUUUUAAAAGCCAUAUCAUUACAAAAUGCGAGCUAUUAGAGUGGGCCGAAAAGAACAACCGAGAAACAAAAGGGAAAAGGUAUGAGGAUAAAUGUACAAUGGUCGUGCUCUCUCCAAACUCAAUGCGAGUUGAUGCAUACUCCAAGUAUCCAUCAAAUAAAGUCUUUGAACUUCAAUCGAUUCUAACGAUCAACUCAUUCAGGACGUGUAAAGAGUUACCGGCAUUAGAAGAUCUGGCAGCCAUCCAACAAAAUGUACGAAAGACUGAAUUUGUACAAAGUUCAUUUGAUCGUGAGGAUGAAGAUUCAAAGUCGUAUGUUAGUGACGAUGAAUUUUUUGGUGGGCUUGUUCAGCAUCCUUUUUAA